CAGACAGGCGGCAACCCUCAGAAAGUGGGAAGUUUUCGCCAAAGGAUUCUGUCUAAAAAUUAAUCACCUUCAUGUCGACUCUGUUGGAUACAACCCCACCGAUGCUAUGGUUACCUUUAUUACGAUCUUACAGGUGAAUCUAGUGAUGUCGAUCCUGCUGUAUGUCAUGGUCCUCGUGUACCUCUAUGGUAUCCAGGCAACCAACAUGGACAGCAGUCGCCAGGGGCAGCAGCAGCAGCAGCAGCAGCCAAGUCCAGAUCCUUUAAACUCUCUCAUCAUCCAGCUGCUGCAGGCCGACCUGACGAGGGGAAAGAGCCGAGGGAACCACAGCCAGCAGGGGAAGAGCAGGGACACGGAGAUCCAGGAAAAACUUCCUCCUCUACUCGGUGCAAACUCUCCUCUGGGGGAGCAGGGCGACGCAGAGCAGUGGGCAACAGGUGGACGCAGUGGUGGAAGCAGUGAAGGUAUGGUCGACCAGCAGGUGAUGCUGUUGAACUCUGACCUGCUCAGGCAGCACAAGCGAUACAACUCACCUCGAGUGCUGUUCAGUGACCGCCCACCACUGCAGCCGCCACCGCUGUACCUAGCGGAUGAUUUUGUGAGUAGUGGACCUGACGGUGGUGUGGCAGGAAACAAAACAAGAAAGAAACGUUAUGCUGAACACAGAAGCUACCGUGGAGAAUAUUCUGUGUGCGACAGUGAGAGUCACUGGGUGACGGAUAAAACUCAAGCCGUGGACAUAAAGGGGAACCCUGUGACCGUUUUGGCCAAAAUUAAAACCAUUACAACAGAGGACAUUAAACAGUACUUUUAUGAGACACGCUGUCGGAGCCCUCCACCUUUUAAGGGUGGCUGCAGGGGCAUCGAUGACAAGAACUGGAACUCACAAUGCAAGACAACACAGACGUAUGUUCGAGCACUGACACAGGAGCAUAAUAAAGUGGGCUGGCGGUGGAUACGCAUUGAUACUUCUUGUGUUUGUGCAUUGUCGAGGAAACGUCAUAGGACGUAAACAAAACAAGCCCAUCACAACUUCUACUUCCUGUUUGGAAUUCUACUUCCUGUAUAGGAUCUUAUUUCCUGUUCACAGUGCUCCCCACCACAGGAUUAUAUGUCAUGGUGGUACAGAGUUACAUUUUACUAAAAUGAUACUUCCACUGAAGAACUUCUGGGUCCAUUUAAAUGACAUUUCACUAUGUUGCGCUGCCACAUGCCAGUGAGGCAUUGCUGUUUUGAAAGAACUUAUUUGAAAGUUGACAGGGAGGGAGUGUGUGAGAGGGGAAUGUACAUAUAAAUUAUUUAAAUUAUAUGAAAUGCAUGUAGAUCAUACAUGUUUAUCUAUAUAUAUAUAUAGAUAUAUAUAGAUAUAUAUAUAUGACGUAUGAAUAUAUUUGUGUUAUUUAUUGAAAGAAAUCUUCAAAAUGUCUAUAAAAACAGGAAUGAAACAAGCUAUGAACUCAUUUUGAGACUAUAACACAGAGCUGGGCGGCAAAGGUGCUUCACAGUAAGACUUUACAUGUGCCUUGACCAGUGUGGCUGCAGAGGACACAGAUAGGACAUGGUAACUCACACACAGCAGUUGCCGCAAUUGUUUUCAUUUCAUUUUGCAGGGUGAGCUCGUAAGAGCACUGCAGGGCCUGUCUUGUCCUUGAGCCCAAAUACUGACCACUUACCACUGAAAGAGAUAAAUGACUAUAUCAGCAGGUGCAAGGUACUCUUUGACCAAAACUCAUUCAUCAAUACAGAGCUGUAAUAUCAUAAACAUUCACACCUUCCUCACUGUAAAUGUUAUAUUUUGAGUUAAUACAUCAGGUCUAUGGGAACAGAAAUUCCUCUUUUAAACCCAAUUACAGUUUUCUUCAGACAGACUAGAUUCUGGUAACUAAACAUUUUACAGUUUACAUUUUAAACUGGUUUCGUAAGUUGUUGGGUUUUUUUUCCUUUUAAUAAGUAGUUCAUUUACACAUUUCCAUACACUAUACAUUCCCAUACACUGAGACAAGCAGCAGCGCAUAUUACCUGGGUUAGUUCAGUCCCACACUUGGUUUAUUGUAGGAAGGUCUUGGGGUUGAAAAGGCAGCUUGUAUAUUUUUCUUUGUCUGACGAGGCAGUUCAUUAGAAUUCACAUAGAAAACUUGAACUUCCACAACACAAGAGAAGUUAAAUUAUGCAUCAGUGUGAGUUUAUUCUUUGAUGAUUAAAAUCUUCAUUGUAGGGUUUCCACUCCUGCGUUUGGAAAGUUGCAGAGCAUCCACAGUUCAGCCACUGAGAGAAGAGAUAGUGUUGGCCAAUCAGAGGUCUGAUCAAUAUUCAUUUAUCUUGCUAUUUGACCUGACGUUUUACACUCUAGCUAUUUCCCCAAGUACAGUAAAGAGACAAAACAAGGUAAAUAUUUGUCUAAUGGUGUCAGUGGCAGAAAGAAGAGAUUAGAUCGAUCAUAUAGUUCAAGCAAACAAAUUAUGAGAAGGUGUUUACGUAACAGCGAUGCUUUGGAGUCAGACAGUCCUGCAGAAAAUAUUGUCCUAAGUUGAUCUCAAAUCAAUUAUCUCCCAGACUAAUGCAGAUCAGAUGCAGGAAGUAUCAAAAGGGACUUCUACAGUGGCCCCUACUGUGAGACGUACUAAUGCAGGAUAAAUGUGAGAUGAAAUGAAAGUCAAACUUCUGUAUUGGUUAUCAACCAUAUUAUCUGUUCUUAGUAACAGUUUUGAGUAUGUGGAAAAGUCAUCAAGACAGGUUUAGACCAGCUUGAUAAUGAGGAUGAAACCCAAGAGUACUAAUAUAAAAAAUGUUUCAGAAUGAAUACUUAGAUUUGGAGAAGAGUAAGAGAUAACAAAUAGUUACGCCUUUUAAUACUCUUUGAUUUUAUAUCAUUAAUCAGAAACAAACGGAGUAAACAAUGCUGAUGUGCCCUGAAACGUAGAUGACAUUUUGAAGCCCAUAAUGAAACUAAUUUCAUGCCAAGAAUGUGCAGCCUUCAUGUAAAGCCCUCAUAUUAAGAAGGAUGAGCCAGAGCACAGAGUUGGAGAUCACUGAGGACAGAGCGACAUAAAUGGAUAGAGACACAUCACAGGGAAACAGACGAAAAACAACAGAGAAACUGAAAAAUCUAAUUAAGUAAAUCCCUGAAUGUGCAGCGAGUUAGAAACAGACUGGAAGCAACACAGCUGACAAAGAUAUGAAUCAGUCAUUAUCAAAUUCCUCAGAGGUCACUGAAGUACAGAGAAAUGUGUGUUAAGAGUAUAGGUAUGUUGUGUGUCAAAAGGUAUGUGAGAUGACAGAAGAUGAGGGAGUUAAACAGUGAUAAAUAACAGAUGAUCUGUAGCGUGACAAUAAGACACGCUGCAGGUUACCAUGAGGUAUGAGUCAGCUGGAGCAUCAGUCAUAGCAAUGAUGAACACUUUUAUACUGUGUUGUGUCAAAAUGAACAGAUUGUCAGGAAUAAAGGUUUUCCAGUGAUGUUUUGGACUGUUUUGGAUUGAACUAACCCCAGAGUGCCUGAUCACAUCACAUGAUUGCUGCUGCACUGAAGAGGAGAUCCUGUUUUUCCAAGUAAAUAUCAAAGAACUGCCAACUUAGCAUGCUUUUCUUUUCUGGCACCUAAUCUUUGGUUUGGGAUUUAAAACAAAAUGGAUAAUAACUGCUGUAAAUUCCAGAGUCUGUUUGAAGUGUUUAUGCAUAAUUCUGUUUUUCACUGGAUCAUUAGUCAAACCUGAUAUGUUAAGAUUACCAGGAAAUACAAAAAUGCUAGGUUGCAAAAGCUGAGAUCUGAAAAGCCAGUGAGAGAUGUUAAAAUUAGGCAAAAUGGUCAGAGAUCCCAUGUUAACUUAAACAGCUGGAGUUUUAUUAGUAAGACACUGCACUGACAACAAUCCAACAACUGAUCACACUGCACAGCCCCCUCACCAUCCCUCUAACUACACUUUACUGAACCUUAGUGUCCCUUUUGUAACUUUAUUGUCCAGAUGUGGGUGCAAUUGACAAUCACUGCUGCCCAUUCUAUUGACUCUAAUUGACUGACUGAUUUUCCCUUUAAAGUGCCUUGCUCUAGGACACACAUGUGCAGAGGGUAGUUGCUUUAGAUUCCUGACAGACUUUCCAAACGCUGUAGGAUUUGGUCCCACCCCAUGAAUUUUGUAGGCCAGUUGUACUCCUCAGUGACAGUAAAUGCCUGUGCUAUAAAAGACAGAUACUGUGCAGUCCAUACAAAGCUCUUCUGCAACUUCUAUUUGGUGUUGUAAGUGUCUGGUCCAGGCUUGUGCUGUUAACACUGAACUUUGUGAACUGGCAGUAAACAGACUGUUCUGCAAGCCAUCAGGAACCAAACAUAAGCACUGGUUUCAGUCAUUCUGAAGCACCGGUUAUCCAUAUGUACCAGAUUAAAAAACAUGCUGGGAGCACUGAA